CAAAAAACACGUAAUGACUGGAUCUGGAUUGGAUGGCCUGGAGUCCUUAUGGCUGUCUAUGAUGAAGAUAUUUUGAAGAACCCUUUCUAUUUAUCAAUUCAGAAACAACAGCCUGAUCUUUUUAACCAAGUUGCAGACCUCCACGGUAUUGUGCUUGUGCCAUGCAAAGGCAGCCUGUCAAGCAGAAGCAUAUCAUCACUUCCUUUUGAUGAUUAUGUAUUAAAGCCUGUGGAUGAAAGGUUCCAGACACUAAAUGGAAAGGAAGUUUCUGUCCAAGGAAAUUUAGUAAAACCUGGAAAAGGAUUUGCAUCUACAGAUACAGUACCAAUUCUCUUUGAAGAAACUUUUUACAAUGAUAAAGAAGAAAGUUACAGUAUAUGGUGUAUAGGGCGUCCAUUAGAAAGUGACAAAAAUCCAGAUGAGCAGUCCAUCCAAACUAAUACUUACUGUUUGAAAAACCUGGAAGAUGUAAAGGAAUUUUUGGGUAGACAUACAGACAAACUGACCAAACAGAUAGCAUCAUUCUGCAGCACAUUUAAAGAACGGGAAAGAAAAGGUCUUCGUCAUCAGAUAGAUUGUGUUAAUGCACUUUAUACAAAAUGUCUGCAGACUUUAUUAAGAGAUUCUCGUUUGAAGACAUUAGUAAAGCAAGAACUUCAGAUGAAUUUGCUGAAACAAGCAGUUGAGAUUUAUGUACAUCAUUGUAUUUAUGAUAUUCUCUUCAAAUAUGUAGGUACCAUCGAGGCUAGUGAGGAUGCAGCUUUUAACAAAAUAACUAGAAGUGUACAAGAUCUUCAGCAGAAAGAUUUAGGAGUUAAAUCUGACUUCUGUAUUAAUAUACCUCGUGCAAAACGUGAAUUAAGUCAGCUCAACAGAUGUACUUCCCCGCAACAGAAGCUGUUCUGCUUAAAAAGGGUAGUUCAGACAGUAAUGCAGUCUCCAAGCCAGAGAGUCACAGUUGAGACCAUGUGUGCAGAUGACCUACUACCAGUCUUGCUGUACUUGCUUGUAAAAACUGAGAUUCCAAACUGGAUGGCAAAUCUAAGCUACAUUAAGAAUUUCAGGAUUACCAGUUCAGUGCAGGAUGAGCUAGGUUAUUGCUUGACGUCAUUUGAGGCAGCAGUAGAAUAUAUCCGCCAAGGAAAUCUCCUUCAAGAUCAAACGGGUCCUGGUGAGCUAAAUGAUAAGCUGUUUUUGAGACAAAGAUUGAAUUUGUUGUCGCAAAUGUCUACUACACCAAUUGACUGCCUUUUUGAGCAUAUUGCUUUUGGCAAUGAGGAAGAAGUAGAAAGGUUAUUAAGCCAAGGUGAAAAUGAUGAAGAUAAUGUUCAGAAAAUGUGUCACCCCCUUUGUUCUUGUGACUCCUGCGAGAAACUGGUAUCUGGAAAGCUGAAUGACCCUUCCAUUGUUACACCUUUAUCCAGAGAUGAUAGAGGAUAUACUCCACUUCAUAUAGCAGCUAUCUGUGGUCGAGCAACUUUAAUUGACAUGUUGGUCAGCAGAGGUGCUGUAGUAAAUGCUACCGAGUACCACGGAUCCACACCUCUUCAUUUAGCUUGCCAAAAGGGAUACCAAAGUGUUGCAUUACUCCUGCUGCAUUACCAAGCAAGUACUGAUGCUGCUGAUAACAAUGGCAAUACUCCACUCCAUUUAGCCUGCACUUAUGGACAUGAAGAUUGUGUCAAAGCUUUGGUUUACUAUGACAUCUAUUCUUGUAGAGUGGGUAUUAUGAAUGACAAGGGAGAUACUCCACUACAUAUUGCAGCUCGUUGGGGAUAUGAAGGUAUAAUUCACGUAUUGCUGGAAAAUGGGGCUGACGUGAAUAUUCAAAAUAAAAUGAAAGAAACUCCACUGCAGUGUGCUUUAAAUUCCAAGAUUUUGACAAUAAUGGAAGUCGAUUACAAACGAUUUGAACGUAGGAGUAGUGUUUUUGAGUCACCUAAUCGAUCUCCUCAGCGCUCUGCAGAUACCAGUAGCAAGAGAUCUUCCAUUUCAAGUGCGUCUUCAUUGUCUUUAGAUGUUGUGCCCGUAAUAGACAAAGACAAGUACAAAGAGGUGGAAAAGCUCCUGCGUGCUGCUGCUGAUGGAGAUACAGAAAUGGUUCGUUACUUGCUACAGUGGAUGGAGGAUGAUCUUGAUGAUGACGAUGAUAACGAUGUUGAUCAUGUAUUUAAGCCAGAGUUCUGCCAUCCUUUAUGUCAGUGUCCCAGAUGUGAACCAGCACAAAAGAGACUUGCUGCAGUUCCACAAAAUGGGCUUGGUGUGAAUAUAAGUAAUGAAGAUGGCUUCACUCCACUGCAUGUGGCUGCAUUACAUGGGCACACUGAACUUGUAUCCCUGCUCCUGAGGCAUGGUGCAAACAUUUGUUUAAAGACAGCUAAUCAUGCAACUCCACUUCAUCUGGCUUGUCAGAAUAGUCAUAUUCAAGUAGUGAAAUGCCUUUUGGAGUGCAGUGCUAAGUUAAACAAAAAAGACCAGUUUGGAAACACUCCACUUAUUAUUUCUUGCUUGAAAGGAAGUUGUGAAAUUGCUGUCUUAUUACUAGAGAGUGGAGCGUUUGUUAACAUUGCCAACAAUCAGGGAAAUACAGCUUUGCAUGAAGCGGUUAAAGGAUGUCAUCUUCAUCUUGUAGAGCUUCUACUGUUUUAUGGUGCAUCAGUUCACAUCAGAAACAAACGUCAGUAUACACCAUUAGACUGUGCAGAGGAGAUGUGUGGAAAGCACACAGAUAUUCUGAAGGCACUGCAAAAGGCAGUAAGUUAUACAUCUGAAAUGAAUGAAGACGAGGAUCCAUUUACCACUGAAAGAAAGCAGCAAACGCCAAUCAGAAGAAAACCUCCAGUAUUUUUGAAACAACUUCAAACUACUCAUGAUUCUGAAAGCAGAAGGCUGGCGAUUGUGGACUCCAUCAGCAGAUUCAACAAAUCGAAGUGUUUGCGCAAAACAAUAACAAGAGAUAAAAGUGUUCCCAACUUUGAUGAGGCACUUUUGCAUCAGCUGGCCAUCAAGACAUUUGAUAAAAGAAAGUUGAAAUCUACCAUGACACUGGAUCGGAGCAAGCCUCAGCUAACUUUCAUGAGAACAAGUAAUGAAUCAGCUCAACGUAUUUUUGAUGAAGCCAUUCGUAAAGACAAAUUACAAGAUCGAAGGCAUUCUUUUGGUCUGGAAUACUUACUGGAGCACAAUGGCAAGAGUACAGAAAACAGUAGAAGUCACCAGUUAGAGGAUUGUACCAUUUCAAAUAUUGGCCAUGAAAAUGACUUUAGGGACCCAGGAAGUACAAAUGCCAAAACAGACAGUGAAAGCCCCCGUAUAAACGAGCAGCAGUUGCAAGAUACAGGUGCUCAUUGUGUUUACAAAACUGGAACUACACAUGAAUUGAAAAAUAUGCCUUCAGGACUACUUCACCAAACCAUGGCACAAGGAGAUGUUGAUGUGUUGUACAUGGACUGUACAUCUGACCUGGAAUCAUCAUGGUCCGACUUAGGCACACCAACUCAAACAGACUGUGCUGUGCUUAGUAAGCAAAUUCAGUGAUGAAAAAAACACCAAGCUGGGAGAAUUGUAUACAUUAUCAUCAAGUUGCACUUGAUUUUUUCCCUUAAAAAUAGGACUACUGCUAGUAUUUUUUUUUCUUAGGAAACUAAUAUUUCCAAUUUUGAACUGAAUACUCUGUUCAACUUAUUUUUUUACUGGUUUGUCGGCAGUCCUUCUCUUCUGCGUUACUGAUGCUCUAGCCAGUGGUGUUGUUUGACAAGUGUCACUAUAUGUGUCAGGAUUGUAACUGUUAUAUGGAGGGGCAUUUAUUUUGAACAGUUAAUGUCACUAAAUAUGGUACCUUGUAUUAGCAGCAAUUAGCAUAAGGAACAUAGAUUUCUUGCUGCUGGUGUCACCAUUUGGUAUUCUUCACGUAAGAAUAACAGUCAGAAGUCUCAUUUGAAUAUUACAAAACAUGGUGCUGCUAGUUUUGUGUCUGUGUUUGAAUGUAAGAGUACUGUGGGGUUAUGAUAAAUGUGGGUAUUCUUCCCCACAUCUGAAAUAAUCCUGUCACAUGAAUUCAUCAUAAACAUAAGUGUUGCUAUUGUUAAUAAUUAAGAGUUAUGUGGUUCUAAAGUCGUGUUAGUAUUGCUCAAAACAGCUUUAAAAUCUUUAUAGCAAUAAUAUACACUUAUUUGUGUAGAAAAGUACCCUGGAUUGUUAAGGCUGCUGUGCUAGUAGAAAUUUUGUAAAGUUGUAAAACAGUGUAAAGAUUUAAAAUUAACCAUCAGUUUGUUUUCAAAAGCAUUUCUAAAGCCACUUAAUGAGGAAAAAGAAUACAUUGUAUAUUUUUCUACUAAGCAAUUUAUUUACAUCAUUUCUUGAUUUGCAACAGACUGUUAAUCUAAAAAAGCAACUUUUCUAAUGUGCCUUUUAAUUUAUGUGCCAAAUGGAUUAUAAACGAUACAUUUAAAAAGUU